GCUUGAGGGGGGGAGGGGGAGGGCAGCUGGUCCCAAGAUGGCGGCAGGAGCGGCUGUUGCUGGCCUCUCGGUGGGGGCGGCCGCUGCUGCCGGGUCAGUCCCCAGCCCGGAGCCAGGCUUGGUCCAAGCCCCUGAAGAGGAAUUGCUUCCCUUGGAGCCGACGGAGGUGAGGAGCCGUUUGGAGAGGAGCGUCCGGCAGUUCCGUAACCGACGCAAGGUGCUCAUUCGGGGACUCCCCGCCGACGUCGCCAACCAGGAAGUUCAUGAUCUGCUGAGCGACUACGAACUUAAAUACUGUUUUGUGGACAAAUACAAGGGGACUGCUUUUGUCACCUUACUGAAUGGGGAACAGGCUGAAUCAGCCAUUAAGAAAUUCCACUUGAGCAAGCUGCGAGACAAGGAGAUCACGGUGCAGCUACAACCUACGGAUGCCCUCCUUUGUAUUGCCAAUCUGCCCCAGCUUUAUACACAGCAGCAAUUUGAGGACCUAGUUCGACCUUUUGGGAACCUGGAGCGCUGCUUUUUGGUGUACAGUGAGAAAACAGGACACUCCAAAGGCUAUGGCUUUGUGGAGUACAUGAAAAAGGAUUCUGCAGCCAGAGCAAAAUCAGAUCUGUUGGGCAAACAGCUGGGAACACGGACUCUCUAUGUUCACUGGACAGAUGUCAAUCAGUUGACCUUAGACCUCAUUCAUUCAAAAUGCUUGUGUGUAGAUAAACUGCCCCACAAUUACACUGAUGUCGAAGAACUGAGGGAGACUUUCUCUGCCAUCUGUCCCCCAACGUUCUGUCAGUUGGCAUAUGGUCAGGAUGGACAACUGAAGGGCUUCGCAGUCUUGGAGUACGAGUCAGCUGAGAUAGCGGAGAUGGUCCAGCAGGCCACCAAUGGCUUGCCACUUGCUGGGAACCAUAUCAGAGUCUCCUUUUGUGCCCCAGGCCCUCCCGGACGAAGCAUGCUAGCUGCUCUCGUUGCUGCCCAAGCAACAGCACUUAACCGUGGGAAAGGGCUGCUGCCUGAACCCAAUCUUCUUCAGAUUCUGAACAGUUUAGGGAAUCCUACAUCAAUCCAGCUCUUGCUCAACCCCCUUCUUCAUGGAGCCAUUGGAGGAAAGCAAGGAAUCCUGGGAGCCCCACCCUCAGUGCCUCUCCUAACCAAUCCAGCCUUGUCUGCAGCUCUGCUUCAGAUAGCACUCCAGAAUCAAACACAAGCACAGCAGAAGGCAUUUCUUGGAAACUUGCUCUUAGUCCAAAACCAGGUCUGGAGCCAACUCCUGCAGAACAAAGAAAACCAGGCCAUAUUCCAUAAACCAGGAAUCUUGGGAGAGUCUCCAUUGGGCUCCUUGCAGCAUGGAGCCAUGGGGAUCCCAAACACUCCAAGUUCUCAGACAGGAAAUCAUUUGGUGGGUGAGAUGUCCUCUGGUGGUUCUCUCCCUGCUGAGAUCUCUCCGGGACCUGUGCAGUCUCCAGUUUUGCCUUCUGGGAACUUGCCUUUACCAUCCUUUCUGGGACCAUUAGGAAUGGAGCGGGAGAAUUCUGUGAUGGGUUCACAGACCCCCCAGCUGACCCCACCUGGCCUGCAAGGCCUCACCACCUCCAUCCUGGGCUCUGUAAUUAGUGGACUUCAGAAGCCCAAGCAGCCAGAUAAUGGGCCUCCUCCUUCUGGGGUCUCUCUGCUAGGAGAACCACCAAAGGACUUCAAGAUUCCCUUGAAUCCUUACUUAAACUUGCAAAGCCUUCUUCCUACAGGCAAGCUUGGAGGUGGAGUCAAUAAGUCCUUUAGUGUGAAGACUGGUGUACUUGGCAAUGUUUCUAAUCCAAGAAUUCCUCAGAACUCCAUACCUCAGAACUCCAUAGCUGACCCUGUGCUUCCCUCACCUGGGUUGACAGGAGACAACAUCGCCUUUGACUAUCAGCCCGAUUUGGGAUCACGAAUGUAUCCCCAGACCAGAGAGACUGGGCCCCAGCUAGGUGGAUUUGGACACAGCAAACAGAAGGCAUCAUCGCCUGGAUUUGACAGGAGCAACCUGGGAGCGCCUCUGCCUCCAUUCUACUCAGGAUCCCCAACUUCCUAUUUCACUAGUGGUCUUCAAGCUGGUCUCAGACAGAGCCACCUGAACAAAGCAGUCGGAAUGCCACCCGUGGGCACAGCGGACAGUAUCUUGGGACUAGGACCAACCAGUCACUCACAGGGAUCCUACUCAAAGGUGAGAUGCUGAACUCAGGACAGAACCUUUGAAACAUCAGGCUUCUCUUUGUCUUGUGAGCCUUCUCUUAAUGUUGCCUCUCUUCCCCCUCACCCUGUCCUUUCUUCAUUUUUCAGACGCCAGGUGGUGGCCAAAAGAGGGCCUUUUCCCACUUGCUCCCAUCUCCAGAACCCAGCCCAGAAGGCAGCUAUGUUGGUCAGCAUUCUCAAGGCCUGGGAGGGCACUAUGCAGACUCCUAUUUGAAGCGAAAGAGGAUAUUUUAACCAGUUUCCUACUGAAGACAAUAUCUUCUCUCUCUCACCCCUGUGCCCAAUGUGUACAUUUUUGUAAAAAUGUUUUUAAUCUUUUGCUUUAGGAUAUUUUUAUUUUUUUAUCUUGCGUGUGAAGGACCUGGCUUCUGAGCUUGGGGUCAAAUAACAGCACAAUGUAGACUUUGACCUCUGGUGCUUUUCUGGAGCAAAUGUCUUGCUUUCCUGGAGGAAGGCUGUUUGGCAUUCACAAGAAGCAACACCAAGCUGCAGAAAGCCCCCUGCAGCCUAUCAGGUCAGGCGGGCCAAAAUGAAACGGAAUGCCUUUUGCUCCAAUUGGGUUCCUUCCUGUACUGUUUUGUGUUUUUCAGUAUAUACAAUCUGCAAGGACCCUGUCUUCUAAAGAGAGAUUAGUCCCUGCCUUAAAACUGAUUCUAAAAAAUGAAUGUACCUAAAUUCUGUAGGUGCCUCUGGAUGUGCCAUCUUCUGGCAGAUGAACAGAUGAAAGGAAGGCGAUGGCAUGAGAAGCUCGUACAGGAUUCUAAACACCGGCAGGCCUCUCAUCACCAUCAUCUUGUUCCUGGAGCCCCUCGGCUGAUUUUAAGGCUCUGCCUCCCUUGCAACUUACCAUUAUUUUUGUUCUUGUUUUUAAAAAAUGUUAGUCUGUUUUACUUUUUUGAUAAUUAUAACUUGUAAAUUACCUUUUAAAAUUUUUUUCAUGCUUUUAGUCACUUCCUUUUAACUAGUUUAGGAGAAUGAACUUGGAUUAUGUGUGUGUUUUAAUCAUCUGCCCUCCUAGGUGUGAUGUGUAUUUAAAAACUUUUUUUAAAAAAAUCUAGAUCAGUUCUUUCCUUGGGUGCAAAUGAUUUAUUUUUCUGAGUGUGUGUUCCCAUUUUGGACAAUUGUCUUAAUGCUGAUCCUGCAAUCUUGAUAGCUUUCAGGCCAGACUUCCAUGGCUGGGACAAUCCUUGGACAUUUCUUUGUAGAGUAACUUAGCAUCUUGCACAGCAGUUCCUUGUCUUGGUGGAAAAAAGGAUCCUUUGGCUUUUUGAGACUACUCACCUCUCAGGCUGUGCCAGCAUUUGAGCGCAACUAAGUUGUUAAAGUUGGUUCCACUUGAACUGCCAGUUUUGAUCUGUAAUCCUAAUUUAAUGACUUUUGAUUGUUCCUCGUUCUCCUUCUGCUGGCUGAGGGGGAAUAGGUAGAGAACACAACUUCAUUGCACCAGGGUACCUCCGGACCAAAGACCAGGUUCAGCCUGCUGUGGAAGUGGAUAGCUCAGCCAGCUGCUUCAACAAACCUAGGUUUAGGACGGGCAAUAUUUCCGCAUUGCCUUUUCUCAGUGACUGACUGUGGGGUUUAUUUCAAGAUGGAAUGGGGUGGUGGACAUCUUAUUGGGGGAUUCAUAGUUCUGCCUGUAUAUAAUACACUUUUUUCCUCUCUUUUAUAAAUAUAGUAUGAUGUUUCUAUUGUAGAUACCAGCUAGUUUGCUGUAUUUGCCUUGGGAUUUGAAAUCCUUUGGCAGCUAGAUACCACCUUUCCAAAGUAAAGCUAUAUUUAUAUCAAA